AUGGAUGUCCCCGGUGCUGUCACCGAGGACGGCAUCCAGAAGAACCUCAAUAUCGACCUAGGCUACGUGGAGGCAUGGAUUCAGGGCAAAGGGGUUGCAACAACAGAGGAUGCCGCCGCGGCAGAAGCAUCGCGCAGCCAAUCCUGGCUACGUGUUCGUCACGACGUCACCACAUUCGAAGGGGAAAACGUUGACAAGGCAUAUCAUAUGCCUCUCGUCUGCUGA